UUUUUUUUCAUCAGUUGAUGGGAACAAGGCUAGCUAGCCUGCUGGCUAAAUAAGCUUACUUUUUACUACAAGUUCGUGUUAGAUGUUUAUGACAAUCAAUAUUUUAUUUUAAUCAAGUCUGAGUCUUACUGCCUUCAGGAACCUCGCGGCUAACGAUAAUGCAAGUCUUUCAUUCAAUAUUUGCACUAGCUAACUAUUGAACAGGUUGCAAGUUCUCCAUCAUCACAUCUGCCAGACGGACUCAACCAGCAUGGAUUACCAGAACACAGCGAAUGCAGUUGGGGACUGUCUUUUGAGCUACACCAAGGACGAGUCUGGGUGGAAAGUCUGCAAGAAAUCGAAUGACGUCAUCGUGUCCUGGCGGCCAUCGACUGAGUUCCCUGGGAAUGUAUAUAAGGGGGAGUCGGUGGUGAAGGGAAGCCCAGAGAAGGUAUGGGAGUGUCUGAAGCCUGUGCCAAAUGGAUUGCGGGUGAAAUGGGACAACAAUGUCAAGAAGUUUGAGCUGGUAGAGCAAGUCACUGAGAACGUCACUGUCUGCAGAACAGUCACUCCAUCAGCAGCCAUGGGCAUCAUAGCUCCCAGAGACUUUGUCGACGUUAUUCUAGUGAAGCAAUACGAAGACGGCACCAUUACAUCCAAUGCCACCCACGUGAACCACCCCAGCUGCCCUCCCCAGUCAGGGUAUGUGAGGGGCUUCAACCACCCCUGUGGCUGCAUCUGUGUCCCCAUCUCUGGGGAGCCAAACAAAACCCAGCUGUUCAGUUUCUUCCAGACGGACCUGGGGGGCUUCCUGCCUCGCUCCGUGGUCGACUCUUUCUUCCCAUCCAGCAUGGUGGAGUUCUACAGCAACCUGGCCAAGGCCAUCAAGUCCCUCAAGGACCACUGAUACACUCCUACUAUACCUUCCCUUAGCCCUGGUCCUAGAUCUGUUUGUGCUGCAUAACCAACUCCUGGCACCAGGUGAUACUCAGAUCUGGGACCAGCAUUCAGCGGGACCAAAAAACACAAUGAUUAGCUAUGUGAAUGGUUUAGUUUUAAAGAGGCUAUAUGGAACUUUUCACCCACCUCAGGGUGCUUUUUAACUGAAAGGAACAGAUUGAUGUAAAUGGAUUUGAAAAAUCCUUAUUUGAGAGCAUGGGGCACACCUCCCCAGACCAUAUCUUUCUAGACUAAAAAUAAGGAUUGUGUUGUUUCAUGAGUAAAUAAAUAUUUUAUAUCAACCAUACAGGCAACACUCAAGCCAAAAAUGUAGAUAAACAAUUAGCAACUCAACUUCUGUACAGCCUCUUUAAAAGAGUGGUCACCUGGCCUUGUUUUGGAGCAAACUGUAUCUGAGCUUAAAGGGAGAUGAUAUUAGAUGAUAUGAGGGAAGGAAGUGUGCAGCUUGUUUGUCCCAGCACUAAACACAGCUGAUUUCAGGUCGUUGAGGUCUUGGUUCAUUUGUGUAAUAAUGGUGUGUUAGUGCUGGAGCAAAAAUCCUGCACCCCUGGUACUGUUGCUCUCUUGGACCAGGUAUGGUGGCCACUAGUGUAGUCUUACAAAAAGGUUGAGUGUCUGUUCUAAUUUCAUUCAUUCAACCAUGGAAAAAUAUUGAAUAUGAAUUUCUCAUAGAGGUUGAUGUGCAAUUUUCUUGAGUUGAAGCGAUUGAAAUGGAAUUGACCUUAGCCCUGAUGUUAUAAAGUUGCAAUUUGUAAGUUAUUUUUCCCUCUAUGGUAACAAGAAAGAGUACCAAAAACAAUAAUCAUGAACCCACCCCCAAAAAACACAUGUUACAUUAUUGGACAUAAUGUAGUUCCUGUUCUUCUUGGUUUGUUUUUUUUCUUCAUGUGGGUACACUAGCAAACACCCUGCCUCUUAGUCCUCGAACCGGAAAUCCAACUUACAGACCACACCUUUAAGCACACUGGGCCGCACCUUUAAGACUAGAUCUAGAGAGGUCAAUUUUGCCAAACUCUACUUCCAAAACAAAUAUUUCCUGUACAUUUCCUUUUUAGUGAUGCAUUUCCCCCUUUUCCCACCACAAAAGAAUGAGAAUAGAUUUGAAAUCUAUAUUUUGUAUUUAGUGUCCUAAACACACGGAGGAUGUGUCCUCCUUCCCUUUUGUACGGUUGCUGUUGAAUACAGUCCAUUCUGUUACACUGGCUGCAUCCUACCUACAGCACCAUGCAUGUUGCAUGGACCUUACAGGGACCCCAGAAUGGAAUCGGAUUCCAUUGGGAUGAGUCAUACCUCAUUUUUUUGUUGUCCUUUGUAUACGGUAGUACUGUACUUGAAAUGUUCUGGUUUAACCUGUCUCCACAGCCCUUUAACCAAUACCUAAAGAUGGAAUCCGCAGUAGGGGGAAACUGUGCCACUGGCCGCCCCAACAGCAUUGUUAUUGUUGUUGUUGCUGAGCUGAGGAGCGUCGUGCAGCAUGGUUAUGAAAUGCAGUACAUAUUGUGCUCUUCUAUCGUGCAGCAUGGUUAUGAAAUGCAGUACAUAUUGUGCUCUUCUAUCGUGCAGCAUGGUUAUGAAAUGCAGUACAUAUUGUGCUCUUCUAUCGUGCAGCAUGGUUAUGAAAUGCAGUACAUAUUGUGCUCUUCUAUCGUGCAGCAUGGUUAUGAAAUGCAGUACAUAUUGUGCUCUUCUAUCGUGCAGCAUGGUUAUGAAAUGCAGUACAUAUUGUGCUCUUCUACCGUGCAGCAUGGUUAUGAAAUGCAGUACAUAUUGUGCUCUUCUAUCGUGCAGUGCGAUGAUGUCAGAGAUGGAAAUAACAGUGUUUGUUGUUUUGCAGUAACUGGAAAGCGUUAUGGACAUGGUGGUUUUACCGUUGAGGAUUCCAGCUUUAACCAGUAACCUUUAGAGGGUGUAUAUACAGCCGGCAGAUGUUUCCACCCCCACUAAACUCUAUCCUGUUCCUUACCUUAACAUCUGCCAGCUUUAUAGACGCCUAACCUCCAAGCAAGGAUUCCUGCCUCAGUUACUUUUCUCUAUGUAGAUGUCAAUACUAAGAACACUGCAUUAUUCAUAAGCAAAGUUAUUUGCAGUAUGUCUGGGCAAAUGGCAAUAUGAACAGCUUCAUCUAAUGAAAAAGGGACAUCCGCUCGAUUAGGAGAGCUUCUGAGGGAUUUGGGGUUUUAUUCAGUGGGGUACAACAUGGUACGUGUCCCAUAAGUCUCUGGUCCAAAUUAGUGCACUAUAGAGGGAGUAGGAUGUCAUUUGGGACAGCUAUGGAUUCCAACAUAUUUUGAAGCGCAGCAGCAUAGGACUGCCAUAUUCUGCCAUCAGUUGUGACUAGUAUGUCAAUUUACACUGUAAAGAAAUGUAUUACCAGCAUAGAAUUGAGAAAAACACAGUCUUUCAUAUGGCACAAGAGGGCAUGGUCAUCUGUCUAGGCCAAGGUGCGUCUCCAGAGCUUUUUAAAAAAUCAUCAGUGAAGGGAAUUUGAGCAAGCAUGAAUAGUAUUGAGAUGUAUCCCUAGUUGGUUGAGGAAGCCUCUUCAGAGUUUUGAGAUACGGCCCUAUUAGGGGGAGAGGAAGCCUCCUCAGAGUAUUGAGAUAUAGCCCUAGAACGUGUCUUUACAGUGAUGUACAGUCAACCAUCUGCAUGCCUGCUGAGUCCUCUACAUGUAUGAUGAUAAGCCAUCAUACUAAUGAUGUUUUAGAUCAAUCUUUUUAGAAGCUUUGUGGUUAAGUUUCCUUUUGAGAUGAAAACACACUACUUAACGUCCUUUUCUUAUCCCGAGUGGAUAAUUACCUUAAGUGACAAACCUUUACAAGUGCAUUGCAUUCCACCUCAUCCACAGCCAAGUCCUAUAUGCUUGCUUUUUAUAAAGUCAUUGUUUGCCUUUUGUUGGUGUAAUACUAUGAAGGCAUUGUUUUGAUGUGUGUUAUUGUACUGUAAGUGGAGCCUGAAGAUCAUACCUACCUACAGUGUAUUGCUGUCUUAAUGUCAGAGUACACAUUGUCUGUUUGGUGGCUUGUUUUUAAAAUGUACUCCAUCAUG